UUUUUGACGUCAUUACAACCGCGUGCAAAUCAAAUAUGGUGCCUGUCAGGUUCGGUUGAAAGCGGUGCGUACGUUGGCACACUCUUCAGCUCAUGAAUAGUCGACACUGGUUUUUGGGAGAUGUCGAGAUCAAUGAGCAAGAUGCUUGUGCGAAGUUUGCUUCUCUGCCUACGAGCCCGUAACGUGCCGUGGAAGCAGUGUGAACGUUGCUACGCAGGGUACGCGGGUUCCGCUGCAGAGGGCCACCAUCACAAAUUGCGAAGAUCCUUCUUCUGGGGUGCCAACUGCGAGCAGAUUCAUUGUCACAGGACCACUCGGGUUGUAUGUGUGAGGACGUUGUCGAUGGCUACCGAUGUCAAAUCUUGCCCCCAAACUGUCUGUGAGUCUGCGUUGGCCGAAACUAAAGACAAGAUCCGGGUGCCUGUCGCAAAACUCCAAGGCCGUAUGCUGCUGUCGUUCCUUUGCAAACUCUGCUCAACACGAGUCACCAAGCUAAUUUCAAAGGUCUCCUAUGAAAAAGGAGUUGUCAUCGUGAAGUGUCACGGCUGCAGCAAGCAUCACCUCAUUGCAGAUAAUCUGGACUGGUUUCCGGACCUCGAAGGGAAAAGGAACAUAGAAGAAAUCUUGGCAUCUAAAGGCGAAGCUGUUCGUAAAGCACUGUUGAAAGAUGAGAUCCUUGAAGUCACGGGUUCGUGAGAACUGAGCCUCGGCAGCAUCACGCAAGACCUUUUUUUUCCCCUAAAUUGGAGAGCUGCAGUCAAAAAUUUUUGUAAAUGAAAAGUUUUUUCUUUUUUUUUUCAA